UUUCAUUUAUAAAUUAGAUUUCUAGUUAAAAUGGUGACUUUGAUGAGACAAUAUUUGUGUUAGAAUUAUAAAAUGUUGAAUACAAAGUUAUGGUCAAGUGAAACUUGAUCAUAGUUUAGAACUGUUCUAUAAACCUGUAGGAUAUACUGCAAGAAUGCUAUAGUAUUACUGCAACAGUAUUCAGGGGCUGUGAUAAUAAAAUGGCUUUCAGACCAUUUCUAGCCGAAAAUUGGUUGGUAGCUGCCUUCUUGAAUAUAGAGUUUGGAUGGGGUGUACGGAAGGUUCUGGGCCGCUAUCCUCCCCUCACAAACUGCCUGACCUACGGUACUCUGUUUUGUACUGCUGAGCUCACUCAACAAAUUAUUCUAAAAAAGUACAUGCCUUCACAACAGGGAUCUGAGACUGAAGAAAUUGACACAGACAAGCUCAAACGUUUUGCUAUUCUAGGGUACACAGUUAUACCUAACUUAAUGACAGUAUGGUACAGAUGGUUGGACACCAGAUACACAUCGACGGCUAAUAAAGUGAUAAUUAAAAAAGUAUUCUUGGAUCAGACCUGCCUUACAAUCCCUAUCCUCGUAAUCUUCUUCACUACAAUGAGUUACUGGGAGGGUAAAGACGACAUUACAGCAGAACUUAGAGAGAAAUUCCCUGUCACAUUUGCG